AACGAACGCACGUCGUUUUUGUCGCGCGCGCGGUCCAAACUGAAACCCAGAACCAAAACCGAGAAACCGAAACCAAAAAACCAACGACUGACAGUCGCUCACACACAUACACGCACACACACACACAUACUUAUGGCUGGACAAGUGUCGUGUGCGGGCACUAAAAGUUAUUUCGUGUUAGUUUUACAAAGAAAUUAAUAAAGACAUCAGUGUAUGAGGAGAGGAAGAAAAAGUCUCGUGGGCGAGUUGGACGCAUAAAUAAACAGGAAAAUUGUACUACGAGUGAAAGUGUUUUAACUGCCAGCAGAAUGUGUGCGCUGGAACCUUACACACACACAGACACUCACACACACACAGAGAGAAGAGGCACACAACAACAACACAAUCAAAGCGAGCACCACCGACAUUAUCAGCAACAGCAGCGACUUCACUGCCACCAACAGCAGCAACCAAAGCAACAGGCAGCUCAAUGUGUUGGCCUGGCCAAAAGGACAACAACAACAACAACAGCAACACAUCUGCAGCUUUGGUAUAUUCUACAUGUGAUAUUAGUGCUAAUCGACAUUACCAGCGCGCUGACAAUGACCGAGGUGAAGAUACCCAAUCACAUAAUGCGGCUGAAGAGCGCCCAGCUGGGCUGUCGCUAUGCCCUCGAUGGCGAGUCGCUGUACUCGGUGAAAUGGUAUAAGGAUGGACACGAGAUCUACCGUUAUGUGCCGCGGGACAAGCCACCUGGACAGGCGUUCCCUCUGCCCGGCGUCAACAUCGAUCUACGCAACUCGUCGGACACUCAGGUGGUGCUGAAGCGCGUUACACUCCAGAGUUCGGGACUCUAUCGAUGCGAAGUGUCCGGGGAGGCGCCCGCCUUCAACACCGUCGCCGAGUCGGAGACAAUGACCGUUGUGGUGACUCCCAAUCAUGGACCCAGGAUAACAGGCGGACAGCCACGCUAUCAGAUCGGGGACACUGUGCGCGUCAACUGCACCUCGUCACCGUCCAAGCCCGCUUGCCACCUGAGCUGGCUGAUCAAUGGGGAGCCAGCGCAGAAGCAGCAUCUCAAGCAGUUUGACAAAGUUGUUGUUAAUCGAGAUGGCCUCGAGAUGUCGCGUUUGGGCCUCGAGUUCCGUGUGCGUGGCUAUCACUUUAAGCAUGGCGACAUGAAGCUCAAGUGUGUGGCAAAGAUCAGUUCACUCUACUGGCAGAGCAAUGAGGAGAGCGUCGAGAGCGAUCGUCAACAGCGUGCGCCGGCCUUGGAAUCACGUGAAACAGUGGCUGCCAAAUCCAGCACAAUUGGUGCAGCUGCUUCGAGACAACCAUCGCAUCUCAUCUCGCUGCUGCCAACAUUGCUGCUGCUCCUUGGCACCUUGGCUGGAGUCUGGCGUUGGCCCCCCGAAGGCGCUGGCAGUUAACUGACUUCAUCGGCUCGUGCUUAAGCUAAGCUGAACGCCCUUUUCGUGUAGCAAGUGAAAUGAUAGUAAAUGUGCAAUCAAAUGCAUUAAAAUGUUGCACAAAACUCUAGAAGGGAGCAGCUCUCUGUCAUAUCUCAAAGAAUGAAAUGAAAAUUCAAGUGUAAAAGCAAACAUAUCCUAUGCCAAAUUUCAUAGAAAAAUCUACAUACACUUAACGUAGAGUACGUUGCGCUAAAAUUAAAUAUACAUACCAUAUAUUUAAAUUCCAUUGAUGUGUGUGUAUGAAUAUUAAAUAUAUGCAGGCAAAUGCAAAACAAAAACUCUUUCAAAAUUACAAAACUAACAAAAAGAAAUCGUAAAAAAAAACAUAAAAAUACUAUAAAACUAUGUAACUAUUUAAAUAUUUACAUGACGCAGAACUACUCAAUUUGAGCAUUUAAGAAUAUCAUAAGAACUUGUAAAUAUUAAGUGUUAACAAUAAGCCACAAGAAAGAAAACAAAAACCGAUAUGAUAUGAUAUAUGAUAAACAUGUUAAAACUCAAAAGAAAUUCAAAGAAAUAUUAUGAAAAUUUAAUUUUCAUUUAGUGUAAAAAUAAUCGAUUAGUUAAAAUCUGUAAAAUAUAUUUUUUUAAUGUUUAAAUCAAAUUUAAUCAACUCAACAUAUGACAAAGAUGAGUAAAUUCUAGUAAAUUGUUAUCAUUUUCUCAUAUCUCUAGGUAAAUUCUUGCUCGUAUUUGUAUUAUUUUUACUAAAUUGUAUUUUCGAACUCAUCUCACUAGACAUUUAUCCGCAUUUGGCGCAUAUCAAAUUUAAACAUUUCAAUUGUAUAAAACGCACACACACUUCGAUCUACAUAUAUUUGAAAACUAAACUUUAAAUAUAAUUACAACCUAAUAGGAUUAAGAAUGCACCCCAACAAAAUAGUCAUAUGUUAAGGAGGCCAUAAGCUAAGCCAUAAGAAAAUUGUAAAGCCAGCCCAAUUAGUAAAUCCCAAAUGAAAACAUCAAAGCAGCAAAUCGAUUAGGAAAAGCUAAACAAUUUCUCCUCAAAGUAAAGCUGUAAAUAGCCAAUGAAAGAACAGUUGUCAUUAUAGUUAAAAAUGUGUAUUUAUGUGUACAUUUGUGUAAAAUCCAAACAAUGUCAAGUUGCAAGAGUCAGUCCAACCCACUAUGAAAAUAAUAUGUUAAAGCAAAA